GUGAAGGCAUAAACUUUCCUUUCUAGUAUAACCAAUAAUUUCGCAGUCAAUGCAAUUUUAAAAGAAUUAACUGCAGAUUUUGUUUAUAACCUAAAAAAUUUCCCUUAUUUCUCCAUUCUCAAACGGCUUUCUUGGACUUCUUUCACUGAAUUUUGUUUGUGCCCUUCUUCAUCAAUCUACAGCUUAUUGCUGUUGCUUUGAUGUGUUCCAACCUAACUAACAAGUUACUGAGUGAUUAAGGUUUCUAUUUACAUUGUUUUUAUGCUUGAAGUUGGUUGUUCCUUUUGUCGGUCGGUGGCAUUCUUGCAAGAUUCUGCAGUUUUUGGGUUGAGAAAGUUCAGAUCUUGAUUGCUUGUCUCGGUCAAGAUCAAAUUUUGGAAUCUGGGUUUUGCUUGAAUUUGUGAUGGGGUGGAGAUAUAGAGGCGGUCUGGUUUUAAUUGCUACCGUUGUCAUUAUUUGGGUUGCUUCUGCUGAGGUUACACAGGAUAUCUUCACAGACUAUAAGCAGCCAUUUGCUGUGACAUACCUUGGAGCUUCUUUAAUGGUGAUUUAUAUACCUAUAGCAUUCCUCAAAGACUGGUUAUGUAAUAUCCUCAAGAAACGUGCUAGCAGAAAGGGUGACGACAUUUUCCCCGGUCUAGGCUCUGCACAGAAAAUCUUUGAAAUCGAAAUUCAAGGACACAUCAACAGGAAAGACAGUGAGGUAGACCUCUCUGAACAUGAUGAGGGGAAGCCCUUGGUUUCUGUAGAUGAUUCUAAAAGUAUCAAACCCGAGAAAGAAAUCACAGCUAAAGAAAUUGCUACUUAUGGAUUCUACCUCGCCCCUCUUUGGUUCAUCACUGAGUAUUUCUCAAAUGCUGCUCUUGCACGGACGAGUGUUGCAAGUACUACCGUUUUAUCCUCCACCUCAGGGCUGUUUACUCUCUUCUUUGGGGCGUUCUUGGGCCAAGAUACCUUAAAUUUUGCGAAGGUAGUUGCUGUCUUUGUUAGCAUUGGUGGUGUCGUCAUGACAACCCUAGGAAAAACAUGGGCUGCUGAUGAGUCGGAGCUAAAUAUGUCUUCUAGCAAGCGCUCUCUUUCCGGGGAUGUAUUUGGGCUUCUAUCAGCUAUGACUUACGGUUUAUUCACUGUGCUGCUCAAGAAGUUUUCUGGCGAGGAAGGAGAGAGGGUUGACGUGCAAAAGCUGUUCGGCUAUAUUGGCCUAUUUACACUUGUGGCUCUUUGGUGGCUUGUAUGGCCGUUAACAGCUUUAGGCAUAGAACCCAAAUUCACCAUCCCCCAUUCAGCUAAGAUGGAUGAAAUUGUGAUUGCUAACGGGCUUGUUGGGAGCGUUCUUUCAGACUAUUUUUGGGCAUUGUGUGUUGUCUGGACAACGCCACUAGUGGCCACCCUGGGCAUGUCUCUCACCAUUCCACUGGCCAUGGUGGCGGACAUGAUGAUUCACGGGCGAUCUUAUUCGGCCAUCUACAUUCUUGGCUCAAUCCAGGUGUUUGCAGGAUUCGUGAUAGCCAACCUUUCUGAUAGACUCUCAAAGCUAUUGGGUUUGUAGUGUUUGCACGCAUCAAAUCGCACCAAUAUAGUUUGUAUAUUUGUCACAGCAAUAUCUGGUCGAUCAUGAUUCAUGAAAUGUAACAAACUUUUUUAACUUCAUCUCUUGAUUUAUUUGCCAUUGAUUUGGAGAAUUUUGUGUACACGUACAACUCAUUUAUAUGUAGCCAUUGUUUUUAUUGUGAUUUGAA